CUUGUUUUCAUUUUCAGCGGAAGCACGUUUGUUACCUCGGUUGUUCAUCAAUCGUGCUCUGUGCAUUCGCUAUCACUGUUGUCCAGAAAUCUAGGUUUAAGAUCUAAAUUAAAGAAUGGGUGGAACGAAGAAAAAGAAGUUUGAAAGGGGAGCAGCCACGGCAUUCAUAUCAAGAAAUAAAGCUCUCAAAAAGCUUCAGCUUAAUUUGGCAGACUUCAGAACACUGUGCAUAUUCAAGGGAAUUUACCCAGUUGAACCCCUGCAUAGGAAGAAAGUAAACAAGGGCAGCACUGCGUUAAAGACCUAUUAUAAUCUAAAGGAUAUCCAGUUUCUUUCACAUGAUCAACUUAUAAGCAAGUUCAGGGAAACUAAGCAUUACGUCAGGAAGUUGAAGAAAGCUGUGGCCAAAAAAAACAAAUUUGCUGAGAGCCUUCUUCGUGACAACAAACCAGUGUAUAGCUUAAAGUCUGUUAUAAAAGAAAGAUAUCCAUCAUUUAUUGAUGCCCUGCGAGAUCUUGACGACUGCUUGAACCUCUGUUGUGUGUUUGCAACAUUUCCCCACUCUAAGAAGGUCUUUGUAGAAAUGGUACAACUUUGUCGCAAGAGAACAGUUGAAUUCCAUCAUUUUGUGAUAGCAGCUAAGGCACUUAGAAAGGUGUUUGUGUCCAUUAAAGGUAUUUAUUAUCAAGCAGACAUUAAAGGAGAAACUAUUACAUGGGUGGUUUCCCAUAAAAGAGGCUAUGAGCCUCCUCAUGAUGUUGAUUACAAAAUUAUGCAGACUUUUGCUGAGUACUAUUGUGUUCUUCUUGGUCACAUAAAUAUCAAGUUAUUCAGUGAUAGUCAUCUAGUCUAUCCUCCACAAUUAUUAGAACAACCCUUACAGUUUGAUACAGAUCAUUGCCUGGAAGUAGACAGGGUAGAUGAACACCUGGCCAGUUUAGCCCUGCCAAUCAGAACUACAGGUGAAUCUGUUGAUGAUGAUGAUGAGGAUCCAGAGGUGGAAGCCAUGAAUGCCAUCAAUGCUGAAGAUCCAGACUUUAUUGAGAAAUCUAAGCUGGAGGCCAAGAGUGUCCUGAGGUUACAAAAUUUAUUCAAAGGUCUCAAGUUUUUCCUCAAUCGAGAAGUUCCCAGGGAUGAACUCACUUUUGUCAUCAGGGCAUGCAGUGGUUCAGUCUCCUGGGAUUUUACAAUAGGUCCUGGUUCAACUUUUGAAGAAUCUGACAACAGCAUAACCCAUCAAAUAGUGGACAGACCAGCAGUUACAGAUCAAAGACUUGAUAGAACUUAUGUACAGCCUCAAUGGGUGUUUGACUGUGUAAAUGCUCGGACACUGCUGCCUGCUAAAGAUUACUUUCCUGGGAUCCCAUGCCCCCCACACUUAUCUCCAUUUGUAGAAGAGAAAGAGGGAGAAUAUGUACCUGAAGACAAAGUUAAGUUCCUAAAGAGGAUUAGAGGUGAGGAGUUGGAUGAAGACGAGGAAGAAUCAUCUGAUGAAGAUGAAGAGGAUAUGGGAGAUAGCUCAGAAGAGGAACCUGAGUUAACAGAAACCAUUUCAGGCAAGAAAAGAAAGAGAGUUGAAGAAGACAGCACCGAGUCAAAGAAGGUUAAGGUGUCCAAAAUGGCUGUGACGGCAGGUGCUGUAGAAAAAGUGGACAAGCACAAAUUACUUGAGCACCAACAAGCAGAGGAGAGAAGGCUGGCUGAGAUGAUGAUUCCUAAAAAACACAAGCGUCUCUACAAUAAGAUCAUGACCUCUCGCAAGAAGAAUCAACAGGAAGCCAAGAAAUUGCAAGAGAAAAAAGAAAUAUUGAAAAAUCAGAAAAAAAAUAAAAAGAAGAAAUUGGUUUAGAACGGGGUGUCUGUUAUUUAUAUAGUGAAUCUGGCUAAUCAUAUGGUUCAAAUAGCAGCAAGUAUUCUGAAAAAUGACAGAGAUAGUAUUAGCAGGUUUGUCUUAUUUCUAAUUUAUUGGUAAAUUAAAAAGUUGGAAUGUGUAUAACAUAUUGCUGAUAUUCUGAUAAAGAUACUGGUUCUGAUAAAGCUGGAAGAUGAAACUAGAUUUUCAAGUGCUGCAUUUGUUGUCAAUUGUUACUGUACACUCAGAUUUUUAAUGCCUCUUACACACAUGAUAAUAAAAUUAUCAAUGUCA